UGCCGCCACCGGCCGGCCACAAUUUACCUGCAAUUUAUUGAUAAAUUGUUAUCAGUUUUCGUAAUUAACUUCAUUGGCACUUUUAAAAACCUACAAUUUUUCGAUCAAAACACGUAACGACGAAUAAUUUUGCCAUAUGUUUGGCUGGACAUGCAUUGAAUAAAGAUAAGAAAACUCUCAACAAAAUGAAGGUGUCAUUGAAAUACAAUUUCCUCCUCGUCACAACGAUCGCAAUAUAUUUGUACAAUUCAAAACUGAUAUUUGAUAAAGUUUACGAAACAUCAAAAAUAGUCAUAGACGAACUAUUCCACAUACCCCAAGGCUUGGCGUAUUGUAAAGGUAACUUCUCAUACUGGGACCCGAAGAUAACGACCCUCCCCGGACUGUACCUAGUGUCAGCGGCUACCGUCGGCUCGUACUUCCCGUGCACGAGUUACAAUCUCCGACUGGUCAACUUGAUUGGGUCGUGUUUUAAUUUAGUCUUGUUCUCUUCAAUGUUGACAUUUAUAUACGGCAGUCAUAAUGAGAGUCCGUUAAAAAUUGUAUUGCAAGCGUUAAGCUUAACCUUGCUUCCCCCUUUGUAUUUCUUUUCCCACGUGUACUACACGGACACGUUGUCGCUUCUGUUCCUUUUACUUUUUACACGUUUAUGUUUCGUUAACAACAGCAACUGGUUAAUAUUCGUCACAGGCAUGGGUAGCGUUAUCAUGAGACAAACGAAUGUUGUCUGGGUAUCGAUGGUCCUAGGGCACAGGAUGUUAAACAUGCUGAUUAAAAGCUCAAGGGUGUUCGGCAAUCGUCAUUUAACCAAGACAACGUUGAACAAACGCUCAGUCAUUGCUCGUGAUAUCGAUGCGUCCAAACUUAAACGUUACUAUGGCAUCACUGACGUUUUUGUCGCUUUGAAAUAUCAUCUAUCGACAUGUUUCACUACUGCCUUUAAGUUUAUUUCUCUCUCCGAUUGGCUUAUAAUCAUUCAGCAAGUCAGUGUGUUGGUAUCUUUCAUGGCGUUUUUGUAUGUUAACGGCUCAGUCGUGGUCGGUGAUAAGCAAGCUCACAAGAUGACCCUCCAUAUACCACAAUUGCUGUAUUUCUUACUGUUCUACGGUGUGUUCGGUUUGCCUUAUGUUAUUACUAAAUCAUUCUCAACGUUGAAACUUAUUUUUAAUAAUAAAUUGUAUGUACUUCUGUUAGCCAUUACUUUUGCUAUAAUCGUUCGGUAUAAUACUGUGGCCCAUCCAUAUUUGUUGGCUGAUAAUCGUCAUUAUACUUUUUACAUAUGGAACCGUUGGUUUGGCAAAUAUGACUUUGCAAUAUAUGCAACGAUACCGGCUUAUAUCUUUCUAUUAUUCAAUUUAUAUGAUAAUUUAAAGGAUCAGAAUUGUGUAUCGUUUCUGCUACCGUAUUCUGUGUGUCUGUUUCUAGUGCUUGCAUUGCAAAAACUUGUCGAUAUCAGAUAUUUUAUAGUCCCAUAUGUUAUAUUAAGGUUGAGAUUCGUUCGGCCAUCGUUUAACAUGGUUAUAGGGGAGCUAGUGUGGUAUAUGUUGAUAAAUGUGAUCACAUUCCAUCUGUUCUUUACAAAAGAAAUAAUUUGGAAAGAUUUUAAUGAUAUUCAAAGAAUAAUAUGGUAAUAAUUAUUGUUAAUAUAAGAAUUGAUUAUAAGAAUUUUGUGUGAAAUUUUAUGUAUGAGGGCAGUGGUUUUUUUUUAAUUUUUUUUAUAGCUUAUGGUAGUGUAGUUUCAGCCUAAAAUAAAUCUUGAUAUGUAAUUAUUUUUAAUAAU